CCAGCUCCUCAAGACAACCAUGGAGGACAGAGAGGCAGUCAGUGUGCUGGAGAGUGUGCUGGACCAGAUGUGCACAGGUAAGACAGCUGACCUGGGUGAGGUUAAGGAAGCGUCUCAGAUGCAGACAGUCCAGGCCAUACUGGACCUUCUAGAGCAUUCCGACUCCAGCCCGACACCCUCCCUCCUCAGUGAUUCCAGCCAGACACCCUCCCUYCUCAGUGAUUCCAGCCAGACACCCUCCCUUCUCAGUGCCACUCAUCCCAUUAUCAGUGCCAUGGAUGGAAUGACAGAUGAGGGUCUCUCUGUGUUAGGAUCCUGUUGCAGUCCUCCAGUCUUACAGGCCCUGCAGAUCCUGGUGCAGCAUGUGGCAGCAGGGAGUGGAGAGACCCUCUCUCUGAGAGAUGCAGGUCUGGCUGUUCUGACUGAGGAGGAGGUGUUUGGGAGGACAGAGAGUCUCUUUGGUCACUCUAAAGUUACGCUGAAGAGAGARGAGRACACACUGAGGACAGAGAUGAAGGACCAGCCUGGAUACCUUCCUCUAGUCAUGAGUAUCACUGUGAAAGGCCUGGCCUCUUUAGUGUAAGGAGAGAGACUGAGUAAGAGAAGGAGGAGCGGUUUCCUUUCUCUCCGGCAACUGAGUUAGGAAGGGCGCCUGUAUCUUUGUUGUGACUGGGUGUAUUGACACA